AUGAAUAGAAUACAUCCAGAAUUAAUGAAGGAAGGAAUGAAUUCCAAAACUUCAUCAUCCAAAAUCAAAGCGGAUAAAAUUAAACCACUUGCAACACCAAUACCUCCAACGACUGUACCUGCAACACCAAAACCUCCAACGACUGUACCUGCAAUACCAAAACCACCUCCUCCAGUUAAUCCUUCAUCAUUCACUUUAUUAUAUCCAUUUCAAACAUUAAAGAAGCAAAAAGAUUUUAAAAAGGGUUUCAAGAUAUUAAAUAAACCAAUUGACCCGAAAAUUCAACCGUUAAAGGAAAAAUUUGGUCGCCCUUCAUUUGCACCAUAUCCAUAUUCAUACGAAAUCGAUCAUUUAGAAUAUUCAAAAGGAAACGUUACUUAUUUAUUUGCCAUUAACAUUAACACCAGAUAUUUAUAUUGCAUUCCAGUGAAAGGGAAAACAGAACAGGAAACAAGAAGAGCUAUUCAAUACUUACUAGAUCAUGAAAGAGUAGAUAAUAUCAGGGGUGAUAGUGAUAAAGGAUUUCAGGCAACUAUGACUCAUUAUUUCCCACAAAUUAAUUUUUACUUUUCAUCCUCUCCAUAUACGUUUCAUAAUAAAAUAGUUGAUGCGGUAAUGAGAACUCUUAGAGAUGCGUUAGGGGUUAACGGUCAGAUAUACUGGGAUGGAAAUCAUGACUCCAUCAUACAACAGUUAGUAUAUUAUUAUAAUAAUACAUGGCAUAGAACUAUAAACAUGAAACCGGUGGAAAUGAAAAAUGAUAUUUCAAAAGAAUGGGAAUAUAUUAGAAAGCAAAUGGAAAGGUUGAAUGAUGUUAAACGUGAACAAAUUAAUUCGGGGCUCAUGAAUUUUAAACAAGGGGAUAAAGUUUUGAUUCAUCUCGAUUAUGGAAAAACUGAUAAAUCAAUGACAAAAAGAAGACGAAGAUUUGACACAAUAGCUGAAUUU